GGUAUCAACCUCAGAUCAUUUGAUUGUAUGGAGGAACGACACUUCAGCGUGUUCUUAAAUCUUCACCAUCCUGAGAUUACAGGCUGGAUGGAAUCUGUGCUUGGCCGUUGUAACAGAAUAGGGACUGUGGAAGAAGAGGAAGCAGAGGCUGAGAAAGAUAAAGAAGAAAGAAUGAAAGAAGAAGCAGAGGAACGUGCAGUAGAAGCAGAAGCAGAGAAAGCAGCAAAAGAAGAAAACAUACAUAAUGAGCAGACAACGCGUCUUGCAACAGCAAAGCAAGUAACUGAAGGAGAAACGGUGGCGCAAUUUGAUGAAAAAGCCAAUAGAGAACUGGGGAUAAUACUGCAGGAGACAACACAGCGAUUCUAGACGUAGUUGAGCUGCCAGAACCGCUGACGACAACGACAAAGAGACCCCGGAAAACAAAGAAACCAACACGUAAAGUAGGCUAAUUGAAACAUAUGAUGAAAUACGUUACACAAAGAGGUUUUGUCCUAAUUUCAAAAGAUUGAACACAGUUAAAGCCUAACUCUCUUGUGCAGGCGUUGUCAACGUUCAUUAGAAUCCACUUUUGCAUGAUGAAAAUUGUGUUUGCUUUUCAAUAUACGCAUUUAAAAUACGAUGUAUUUUGUUGUUUUCAUUCAAUUUGGUGGACUUACAACUUCAACCGAUUAAAGAUAUAAUUAUU